AUGGCAACCCUCCGAUACUUCAACACCUUCAUUGAUGAGGAACCAAUUGGGAAUCUCCUUGAAUCUCGUUCCAAGAGCUGGCCACAACUUGGUGGCACGGGACAUGCUACGGAGGAGAUAGAGAAAAAGGAGACACAAGCUGCCAACUAUGUUGCUGAGUUGCAGGGCAAAUGGAGCACCACCUUUGGUGAACGGCAGUCCCCGAUGUCCCCGAAACCACAGCCGACUCGCUCGGCCAACAAAGGCAGCCGUGGUCAUCCAGUAGUGUGCCGCCGGCCUUGCAUCCGCUUCGCGAAGGGAGGCUGCGAACUGGGAGAUGCUUGUGGCUAUUGCCACCAUGAGCAUCCUGGCUAUGUAGCCCCAAACAAACGCCAGCGGGUUAAGUUGGACUACAUGGAGACAGGCGAACUUCUGGCGGUGCUCUUGCCACAUGUUCGUCGUUCUAUUGAAGUGGCCCAGAUUGAAGCUACCAACAUCAUUGAGAUGCUGGAAGGGGAAGUCGGUUCAACCCAGGCUCCCAGUGUGGAUCGGUUGCAGUUUCAGACUGGUUGCGAUGGCAUCAAGGUGUUCCAACGCUUGCGCUUGUUGUGCUGUGUUGUGGCCGAGCUCCGAUUCUCGAAGAGUAUCCGAUGUCCAUCGGCUCCCACGGUGGAACUGGAUAUGGCUUUGGAGUCAUGGAACGGCCUGAGACCCAAGACUAAGACGGUCCUCCGAAACGCAUCACGGCCUCUCAGGCAAGACAGUGAUCCAAGUUCGGAUUUGUUCAAAUGUGGCGAAUCAUUUGAUGAAUCGUUCAAUGAAACGUUUGAAGAAGUGUUUGGUAGAAGCGUUGAAGUUUUGACUCUGUCGCGAAUCUGUUUGACUUUUUGUGCCGAUAUCGUUCCUCUGCCAGCUGCAAAAGUGACUGUGGAGAAGGCUGAGAAGGUCGAUAAGGUGAAGCUGGGAAUCGAAGCGCUGAAUGGCUUGAACGACGCUGCCGUGCACGCGCACGACGUGGCCACUGCAGCGCUGGAUGAGGUGAAAGAGGUGAAGACGCUGUCGAAAGACGACAAAGUUUUGCCUUCCAAAGGUUCUGCCACACAUGGAAGCGGCAAGUGCCGGCCAUGUGCUUGGUACUGGAAGCCUCAGGGCUGCCAGAAUGACAAGGACUGUGGAUAUUGCCACUUGUGCCCAGAGGGUGAAUUGAAGAACCGGAAGAAAUCCAAGGUUGCUGCCAUGCGGAUGGGCGCUUUGGUUCCAGCAUCAAAGACGCACAAGACCAAGAGCUACUCCGGCGCCCGGGUUUUGAAGCUCUCGCCUUUGCUCUGA